AUCCACUGUCUAUCACUUCGCCGGAGCCGAGCCGCGACCAGUUGUGGCCGGAGAAUGCAGUCUGUCGUUUGAUAUGACCAAUCAUGUUCUGAAGGGGCGGGAAGCAGGCAGCGCUCCAGUAGCGAAGGUGGCCACAUCCAACAGGAGAGAGCCGAGCUGAGCGAGGGAGAUGGGCUUUAAGCUGUGAAGUCUUAUACAUACACUGAUCAUUUGGGGGAGAUUCGUUACGGCAUUUCUCUCAGUGGCUGCAAAGAGAAUUGCAUAGCAGAGCCCGAGUGCAUAUUGUGAGACUGAUUACUUUUUUUGUAUCACCUGCGCCAGCAGUGCCAAUUAAUGAGGGAGCGAGGAAUAAUGGAUCAAGAUAAAUACUUACCAGAGCUGAUGGCCGAAAAAGAUAGCUUGGAUCCCUCAUUUGUACACGCGAUGCGUCUUUUAGCUGAAGAAAUUGAAAAAUAUGAAGGGGAUGAAAUAAAAAAAGAAGAUGGGGAGAAGAAAUACCUAGAUGUCAUCAGCAACAAAAAUAUUAAAUUGUCAGAAAGAGUACUGAUCCCUGUUCAGCAGUAUCCAAAGUUUAACUUUGUUGGGAAAUUGCUGGGACCAAGAGGAAACUCACUGAAGAGAUUGCAAGAAGAAACAGGAGCAAAAAUGUCCAUCCUUGGGAAGGGUUCGAUGCGAGAUAAAGACAAGGAGGAAGAGCUAAGAAAGAGUGGAGAGGCGAAGUAUGCCCACUUGAGUAACGAUCUUCACGUUUUAAUUGAGGUUUUCGCUCCACCUGGAGAAGCAUAUUCCCGGAUGAGUCAUGCCCUGGAGGAGAUUAAGAAAUUCCUAGUUCCAGACUACAAUGAUGAGAUCCGCCAGGAGCAGUUAAGGGAGCUUUCUUACCUGAAUGGAUCGGACGAUUCUAGCCGAGGGAGGAGUGUUCGGGGCCGAGGUAUUCGCCUGCCCCCUGCAGCAACAGCAACCAGGGGUCGUGGUGGAGCUGUCCCUCCGCCCCCUCCAGGAAGGGGGGCUACAGCACCCAGGGGAGCCCCUGGCACCCGCGCGUCAUUGCCAGUGCCUGCGUCGGCCAGAGGCGUGCCCGCCCCCAGGGCUCGUGGGGCGUCUGGAGCUCCAGGGUACAGGCCUCCAUUGCCGCCAGCGACGCAUGAGCCCUACGAUGAUUAUGGGUAUGAUGAUGGAUACGAUGGAGAGUACGAUAAUCAGACCUACGAUGUGUAUGAUGAUAGCUACAGCAGCCAGACACAAAGCAUUCCUGAAUAUUAUGAAUAUGGCCAUGGAACAGGUGACGACGCCUACGAUAGUUACGCUGAAGAAGACUGGACUGCAGCCCGCCCUAGCCUCAAAGCCCCUCCAGCAAGGUUAUCGCGAGGUGGCUACAGAGAGCACCCCUAUGGGAUCAAAUAUCUGGAGACCAACACAGUGGAAGCCAGAAUAUAAAUGACAGCAGGUACGGAACAUUUCAAUAGCUGGAGAAGCAGAAACGGCUGCUGAGGAGAAGGACACUGCUGCUUCUCACCAGUGCUACAGCAGGUACGGUGAGGUAGCGCCUCACACCAGUGAGUACUGUAUGUAUGUAGACCUUUACUGUGACUUGACCUCCAGAAAGCCUGUAAAAGACAAUCGGGUUGGGAAAGAUCAAUAGGCUGUGUCACUCAACAGCUUCGGGAAACAGAGCCCAGGGCGAUACAGAAAAACUGAGCUAUUGCUGAGGACUGCAGAAGCACUGCCACACUUAUACAGUAGUAUCCAUAGAUUGUGAAACACGAACACGCUGGUCUGUAACACAUACUGUACAACUGGGCUUUUUAGCCAUCUGAUUUAUUCUGAGCUGCUUGGCCGUCUGUUUUAUGUACAGUGCUCUUAAUCGAUAAAUAAAGCGUGAGAAUCAUUUCAUGUAUUGUGUGUGACAGGUACGCACUGUCACCUUCACUAAGAGGGAGGAAGAAGAGGCUUGUGGCAAUGAAUGUGUCCAGUUUAAACACAGAGGAAAGGUGCUGAGGGUGAUUAUCAGAAUUAGAAGUUCUUCAAUCCCUGUCAGACAGGACCAAAACCUCAAGUGAUUUUUCGAUUAUAAUGACUAACCAAAACCUAGCAAUAGGUGCAAACAUUUUUCCACUGUAAGUUUUCUUCUCUUGGCAUUAAGCUGCAACAGUCAAAUGUCUGUUUUCAUUCAUAUGUCUAAAAGUCUACAUUUUCUAAGAGUGCCUGCUAGGAAUACAAAACAAGAGACAUAAACAUGUCUGCCACUGAAGGACUGUCUGAUAACCUACAUUCCAUUUUUUGUCAUAAUUUUCUAAUAAUAUUAGGCUUAAUACCAUAUGAAAAGAAUGUAAUCUUAGAGUAGGUGGAGAAAUAUGGAACAAACAUUCAUUCUGUUACACUGCUGAAGGUUAUAUGGAGUUGUGCUGUAGGAUAAGAGUCUUGAUAUUCUGCUUGUCUUACCAUAUCGAGUCAAUACAGACGUGUUUGGCCUUCUUCCUAUUGUGAAUUCUGCUUAAGCACAUUAUCAGUCAGUUCAUAAUAAGCAAACAAUUAACUCUACAUCAGGGAUGAUGACUAUGAGAAAAAAUUCAACCACUUAAAGCAGUGUAGUCCAGAAGACUACUGCUCUCUAUUCCACCAGAGUUUAGAAUCAUAUAAUUGAACCGAAUAUCUAGAUAAUUUGAACUGUUAACCAACCUCCUGCAUCUUCAGAUUAAGGUAUGUUAAAGUGACCCAGGAAAACUGCUUGACUGUUGUCCUUCAGGACUGGACAACUGUGUGAUUCUGGUUUGAAUGGACUCUCGGAAAUAACCAGCUCACACACAGCCCAGCUUUGUGGUCAUGGCUUUUCAACACAAAUUGUAUCCGAUGUUGAGGUUUUGUACAAGUUCUAUUAAAAAACAAAGAAGAGUGCUGUUCCAGCUUGGGCAGACAUUGCUAGAAGCAGUUACAGAUCCAUUUCCAUAACAAGCAUGUCACUAGCUUUACUGGCCCUGAGACCUAAAAUCCCAAAGCUCACGGUAUAUGUUUGUGCAAAUCUCCCGCUAUAUAUAAAGCUGUACAAUUCUGGAUCAAAUAAAGAUAAUAACUUGUUAUAAAUGUGUGUUUAAAUUGCAAGAAACCACAAUAAUUAAUUCAGUAAUGUUAUCAAUUAAAUUCAGUUAAAUUCAAUCCAAUUCAAGUUGUAUUAUUCCCGGGGGGAAUUUGUUUAGAGCAGAGUCCAACACAACAACAAACCUACAAAGAAUACCAUGCUCAUCAAAUAUUUCCAUACUUUAUUUGUUGGGUUCACUGAAAUAUGAGGGUAAUAUAGGCUUCUCAGUAAUAUUGAAAGGGUUCUGGAUGUGUGCAACAAACCAAGCCACACUGUGAAUACAAUUGUGCUUGGGUUCCAGCGAAAACAGCAUGAUUACAUGUUCUAUAACCACUAGCAACCAGGGAAGGAGAGCAUCACUAAUUUAUUAAUAAUUUCCCAAGAUAUGAAUGACUGAAAAAAGCCCAGAGGUUCUGUUAGUAGUUCAAAGAAGCCACUGGCAGAAUCACACACCACAGCAUUUCCUGACAAUUUCUCAUUCUGUGCGCUGAUAACAUCUAAAUCAUCUGAACUUCCACUGCAAUGGGAAUUAGAUUCAGGGUAAUUGACUGUGCUGACAGUCCAGCGUCCCACGUCGAACAGCAGAGGUCAAUUAUCUAUAAGGUAAAGCCCAGAGGGGAGAAACAUUAAUGCCAUGAUAAAUCAUUAAACUAUUUCUUAUGACUGUUGCUUCUUUUCGUCUUUGUGAUGGGAGCAGCAUCAUUAAAAAAGCUGCCAUAAUAAGGCACUUCACGCCCGCGGCCUUACAAAGUUUACCUGUUGUAGCAGAAAUACUCUGAAUCACAUUGUUAGGUUUAUUAAAGAAAGAGAACAUUCAGAGAUUCUCAGGGCAUUCAGGAGAAUAAGAGAGAGAUGUUAUCUGAUUGAUCUUAGUAUAUACAGUAUAAGACCAUACAUAGAGUAAAUUUAAUCUCUUUUGUCUGAAGCAGUAAAUUAUUCAGGAGCAUAUUAUUAAACCCCUCUGUGAUUGUGGCUUAUGAGGUCUGGAAUUAAGGUCUGUUUAGGAAUCUGCUGUGUUAAUCUUUUUAGUAGUCAGUACCCCUGGAACACCAUGUGCAGAUUUUUGUAUUAAAUCACGAGGGUUUCCUUUUAAGAAAAGGUCUGCCCCAUGAGGCAAAGCAAAAUUCAUCUGCAUUAAAGCACUACCUUCCAGGUUAAAUAUCUACGCAGCAGCUGUUGAUUAGACACUCAAGAUGGAGUGAAGCAGGUGGUGAGAAGAGGGGUUUGAAAAUACCCAUUUGUCCUCUGCCCUCCUUGCUUACAGUGGAAACUGUUGAAACUACAGGGAGAAUCCAGUCUUUGGCACUAGAUGCUGAAGUAACAAAACAAGGUACAAGAAACAUGGGAGAAGAUUAAAAUGGCUGUGGUUUAUAUAAUCUUGUGUGAGUCUCUGUCAGAAAAGACUGGGAUAUUUGAUUUUUUUGUUGCAAAACCUGCAAAAAUCCCAAACCUGUCAGUUUACAGUCAAAUCUGAGUGCCAGUUUGCUUGCUUAGGAACCCGGGUGACUUUUAUUAACAGCCUAGGCAGCUUUCUCUGCUAAACAAAGAAACUGCCACGUCACUCAUCUGAGGCCAACCUCCUAAUGAGGCGUGUGAGGAAACCAUCCUUAUGGCGAGAUAUCUGGAUCUACACUGAACAAAUACACCUGGAGUGAUGUCACUUGCAAAACAAAGAAAGAAAAAGGCAAGAAAAGUUUACAGUUCUCCCAAAUGUGCUUUGUGUUUACCAGUAUUCAACUGGAAAUAAGAUAUUACCCAAAGAACCCCGCAAAAAAUGACAUCUUGUCAUACCAGCAGUAUGACACUAAUUAGUACAGUGUAUUAAACGGCAACAGCAUCUUGUCACUGACAUCACCAUUCACAAUGUAAAAAUGACUUUUCUGUAUUCUCCGUAAGGAAGCGGGUUUCUCAGGACUGAAAGAGCACCUCCUGUUGCAUCUGCACUUCAGAUAUUACACUAAGAAAAACAUUUUUUAAGUUACUGUAUGUCCAUAGUAGACCUGUUUGUAUCUGUUUCAAAGUGAAGACCCAUUACUGAAAUUCAGUACACAGACAACCAAUUAUCCCUUUUCCCAUUGUCUGCAUUUUACUGACAUUCCAGGUCUCAGAACCAAUAUGGAUUUACCUUCUGGAACAUUAACGCUCUGUGGGACUGUGUCAUUUAGAAACGGCACAAGGAAAAGUGCACAUAAAAAAAAUCAACCAGUCAAAUUUAAUUUAAAAUGUAUCAUAUGACUUCCCCUCUAACAAUUAAUGUUUAAAUGUUAGGUCAUGGGAUCUAGGUUUUUGGUAUCUCUAAAACAAUUGUACUCAUAGAUUUUCCUUUGUCAUUUACAUUUCAACCACUGAGUCUUAUUUAUUCAUUUAUAGUAAACUAUUCCCAAAAACCAAUGCUAAUCUAAUCGUGGUCAAAGCAA